AUGAAGGACCUCGAAAAAAGUGCGAGUUAUCCAACUUCCGAAAGAGAUGCCCUUUCCAUCAGAACCCAAGAAUACAACUUGGACUUGUCCCGCUCCACACCUGUGGCCAUUUCUGAUAGCCACAGAUUGAAGAAGGAUUUGAAGGCUAGACACAUUACCAUGAUUGCCAUCGGUGGUGCUUUGGGUACCGGUUUGAUUAUUGGUACCGGUGCCGCAUUGGCCAAGGCUGGCCCUGCUUCCAUCUUCAUUGCCUACUCGUUUGUCGGUUUUAUUGUGUACUGUGUGAUGUGUUCCAUUGGUGAAAUGGCCACUUACAUUCCUUUGCCAUCUGGAUUUUCUGGUUAUGCUGAAAGAUAUUGUGAUCCUGCCUUGGGGUUCGGUGUUGGUUACGCUUACUUGUGUAAGUUUUUGAUUAUUUGCCCUAACCAGUUGACUGCCGGUGCUUUAGUUAUCCAGUACUGGAUUCCUCGUGAAAAGGUUAACCCGGGUGUUUGGAUCACCAUAAUUUUCUUACUCAUCAUCGCUAUCAACUUUUUCGGUGUUAAGUUCUUUGGUGAAUUCGAGUUCUGGUUGUCCUCGUUCAAGAUUGUCACCAUUAUCGGCUUAAUGCUCUUAUUGUUUAUCUUAAUGUUGGGUGGGGGCCCAACUCAUGAUCGUUUGGGAUUCAGAUACUGGAAGGACCCUGGUGCUUUUAAGGAGUACAGCGGUGAUGGUGUUCAUAUCACUGGUAACACCGGUAAGUUUGUUGCCUGGGCCGCUGUCUUGGUUACCGCUGUUUUUGCUUACUUAUCCACUGAGCUUGUCGGUGUCACCGUCGGUGAAGCUGAAAACCCAAGAAGAAAUGUCCCAAGAGCCAUCAAGAUGACUUUCUACCGUAUCGUCUUCUUCUACUGUAUCUCUGUCUUGUUAUUGGGUUGUUGUGUCGCUUAUGAUGACCCAGAAUUGCUCUCCGCUAAUAAGGCUUCUACCUCUGCCUCUGCGUCUCCAUUUGUCGUUGCUAUUGCUAAUGCGCGUAUCCCAUAUUUGCCUCACAUCAUCAACGCCGCUAUCUUGUUGUUCAUUAUUUCCGCUUCCAACUCUGAUUUGUACAUUAGUUCCAGAACCUUGUACGGUUUGUCUUUGAACAAUCAAGCACCGGAGAUUUUCUCUCGUACCAACAAGCGUGGUGUUCCAGUUUACUCCAUGCUCUUCUGCUCCCUCUUCUGUGCCUUAGCCUACAUGAACUGCGCCUCCUCAUCCGCCACUAUUUUCAUCUAUUUCGUUAACGUUGUGUCGAUUUUCGGUUUGUUAACGUGGAUUUCCAUCUUGGUCACCCAUAUCUUUUUCAUGAGGGCAUUGAAGGCCCAGGGUAUUGACCGUCACCGCGAUUUGGUCUACAGAGCUCCUUUCGCACCAUACUCCACCUACUUUGCCCUUACUUGUUGCAUCGUGGUUGCCCUUAUCAAGAACUUUACCGUUUUUAUUGGUGAGUUCGACUACAAGACCUUUAUCACUGGUUAUAUUGGCAUUCCCGUCUACCUCGGCUGUAUCUUUGGUUACAAGAUCUUUACCAGAUGUAAGAGAGUGAAGGCAGAAGAGGCUGAUUUAUUUACCUUCAAGGAUAUUGUUGACGCUGAAGAAGAGGAAUUCCUCCAGAAGCAAGCCGAAUACAAGUUGGACAGAGCCGGUAAGAGAGACCUUGAAUGGUAUUAUGAAAACUCCAUCGGGUUGUUGUUCUAA